AUAAUUUGGUGCUUUAUGGGAGAACCUAGGGAGUCAGACUUACUACAAGCAAUUGAUGUGAGGCCAUUAACACCCCAUGUAACAUUCAUUAGUGGAUUUGAUGGCUAUCCAGCUUUCCAGAUCAAGCAUAAUGCAGACAUUCAGAAACCAGUGUUAUCAUAUCUACCUAAAGUUCUUUUUGCAGAAUUUUCCAUUCUGGUCACUGUCGAACAGUUCUCUGCAGAAGGAGGAUUUUUAUUUGCAGUAGUGAAUCCCAUGUCAAAUGUCCUUCAGUUUGGAUUGAAUAUCACAGAGGUGGUGGACGGACACCAAAAUAUAGUACUUAUUUACACAGAACUAGAAAAACAUAAGGAGUUGGAGCCAACAGCCACUGCUAUUGCCACCUUUAAGGUGCCCCAAUUUGUAAAACAAUGGUCGAGAUUUGCAAUCUUGGUUUAUCAGGAGAGUAUUACACUUUACUUAGACUGUGAGGAAUAUGAGACAGUGACCUUCGAAGACAGGAAGCCACUGAUGCUCAUUCCUGGAUCUACGCUGUACAUAGGGCAGGGCGGAGCAUUUGGAGGCCAUUUCCAGGGAGCUGUGCAAGAACUCAAGAUCCACCCUGAUCACCGGGAGGCAGAGGACCAGUGCCAAGAAAAUUUUAUAGGCAGUGGAUCUAAUCCCUCAGACAGUGGGGAAGACUUUACGAUAGCAAGUCAUUUAUUUUCUGAUUUCAAUGGGGUGACACAACCAUCCACAGGGGUAACUGACAGCAGUGGGAAUAGUAAAGGAGAAGUGGGUAAUAUUGGACUGCUGAUACCUCCCCCAAUCACCCCACCCCCUCCAGAAUACCCCUACUAUAAAGGUGACAAGGGUGAAAAGGGAGAUACGGGUCCAGCUGGCCCAAAGGGUGACCGAGGUUUAACUGGACAGCAAGGCUACUCAGGACUCAGUGGCAGUAAAGGAGAGAAGGGGGAUAGAGGAAGCAAGGGUGACCAGGGUCCACCCGGCCCCCCUGGACCUGGAGUGGACAGUGCUGUGGUGCCGCCCCCUGUAGUGGUAGGACCAGGUGGACGGGUGGUGAAUGCCAGCACUUCACCACUGAUUAUACGGGGGAGAGGUCCUAAAGGCCAGAAAGGUUCCCAGGGAGAGGCUGGUUUCCCUGGGCUGGAUGGUCUGCCAGGGUUUCCUGGGCAGACUGGACCUAAGGGAACUAAGGGAGAUGUAGGUGCACAGGGUUUGCCAGGGAUUAAGGGGAGUAAGGGAGAGCCUGGUGUGUUUGUGGGUCCACUCCUUAACUCUGGGGAGGGAGUGACAGGUCCCAAGGGGGACAAGGGAGACAAGGGGGACAGGGGUGAGAUAGGAAUGAUAGGAUUGGAUGGUUUACCUGGAGCCAAGGGAGACAAGGGUGACAGUAUUGUUGGUCCUAAAGGUGAACCUGGCCGAGAUGGCACCACUGGUCCCCAAGGCCCACCAGGGAACACUGUCUUUAUAGAGGGCUCUGGUGACAAUGAGGGGCCAACUGGGCCAAAAGGAGAGCCAGGCUUGGAUGGCAGAGAGGGCCCAGUAGGGCCAAAGGGACAGAAAGGUGAGAGGGGAGAGGUGAUCCAGGACAAUACUGUCAUUGUGGGACCCCCUGGCAGGGAUGGAGUCAAUGGGAGCCGAGGUCCACCUGGAUUGCCUGGUCUUCCUGGCAGACCAGGUGAACAUGGAGAGGCAGGACCCAGGGGCUUGAAGGGAGACAGAGGUGAUAUUGGGCCAGUUGGAGAGCAAGGUCUGCCUGGUCCUAAAGGAGACCGUGGUGAAUUUGGGCCCCAGGGUCUUCCAGGAGCUCGAGGCCUGCCAGGGCCACCAGGACCUCCAGGAAUUACCUUGGAAUCUGUUGGUUUGACAUCUUCUGGUGAUGGUGAUUUUGGUAGUGGUAAACCUGGCCCCACUGGCCCCCGGGGGUUCCCUGGUAACCCCGGCACCCCAGGACUACAGGGAGAACCUGGACUUAUGGGACAGAAGGGAGAAAGAGGAGAGAAAGGAGAACAUGGGGUUAAAGGAGAAAGGGGUUUCCAGGGGGCUGACGGGCCCCAGGGUUUCAAGGGAGAUAUGGGUGAUCCAGGCCAGCCAGGUGUCCCAGGCACACCAGGCCUUGAAGGAGAACCUGGAGUGAAAGGAGAAAAGGGUGAAAAAGGUGAGAAGGGUGUUGGUGAGCCUGGACCCAUGGGUCUUAUGGGUCCUCCUGGCCCCCCAGGACUCAGGGGAUUACCUGGACUGGAGACCGAGUCCAGUGGAGAUAUAGGACUUGGUGAAAAGGGAGAUCCAGGUCCCCCAGGAUUGCCAGGGAUCAUAGGCCCCCCAGGGUAUCCAGGUCUAAAAGGAGAGCCAGGGUUACCAGGGCUGGACGGCAGGGAUGGGAAGGAUGGAAAGCCAGGACCUCCAGGUAGCCCAGGAAUGCCGGGACUUGAUGGUCUAGAUGGACGGCCAGGGUUGCCAGGACCCCCUGGUCCACCUGGCCAAGUGUCACAAGGAUUGUCUCACAGUAAUCAGUGGACUAAUCAAAUUGAUCCUGGAGUAAUAAAUAUCCCUUUUGGGUCACUGAGAAAAGUUGAGAGCCCUGAGAAAGGAGAGAAAGGAGACCCAGGAAGACCUGGAAUUCCAGGAUUCUGUCAUGCCUCAGAGUGUCAAGGUCUCCCCGGAGAGCCAGGAAGACCAGGAGAACCUGGACCAAUGGGAGAAAUUGGCAUGCCAGGGUUCCCCGGAUUAAGGGGAGCCCCUGGAGUGGGUGUUCCUGGCCCCAAAGGAGACCAAGGUGCCCCUGGGAUGAAGGGAGAACCAGGACUCCCAGGAAGAGUGGAGUAUGUGGGCAAUAAUGGGGCUGAUGGGAGUCCAGUGACAGUAGUUGGCCCUCCGGGACCUAAAGGUGAUACAGGAGACAUGGGGCCAAAUGGGUUGCCAGGCUUUCCAGGUAAGCCAGGUAGAGAGGGUCCAGCUGGUCCUAUAGGACCCCCAGGGCUACCAGGUUCCCCAGGGCUAUCAGGACAAGAUGGGUACCCUGGCAAGACAGGGAAACAGGGUCCUAAAGGUGAAAAGGGAGAUCGUGGUCUACGGGGCCCCCCUGGGGUUGUGACCACUGUAGAUGGGGAGACUCUGACAGGUGGGGUGCCAGGACCAGAGGGUCCACCAGGAGAAAGGGGCCCACCUGGUCCACCAGGGGAAAGAGUCAUUGGACCACCAGGUUUACCUGGACCCCCUGGAGUUGGAAUAGUUGGCCCCCCAGGACCACCAGGAGUGGGGUUGCCUGGACCCCCUGGCCCACCUGGAGACCCUGGAAAUGGUAUUCUUCUUGGAGAAGCAGGCAAACCUCAGGAAGCCACCACAGGGCUGUACCCUUUGAAGGCAGUGACUGUGGAGGACAAGUCUGAGCUGCACCAGCUCUCUAAUGGUGUCCCAGUGGGCUCCCUGGUCUAUGUGAUGGUGGAAGAGAAACUCUACCUCAGAGUGGGGCAGGGAUGGCAGGCUGUCAAUCUUGGUUAUUUAGAGGAAAUUCCAGAACCAACACCACCUCCCACCACCACCUCAGCUCCCUUGAUCCCUCCUCCCACAGGGACAGAGGUUGUACUAGGACCAAGGCUCCAUCUGAUAGCGGCCAACAAGCCCCUGUCUGGCGCCAUGCAUGGCAUCAGUGGAGCAGACUAUCAGUGUUAUCGCCAGGCUAAGGACGCUGGCAUGGAGGGUACCUUCAGGGCCUUCCUCUCCUCCAGGGUGCAGAAUUUAGACAGUGUGGUGUUUGUCAAGGACAGAUCUGUGCCAAUUGUCAACUCAAAGGACCAGCUUCUGUUUAAAUCAUGGGAUGAUAUAUUCAAAGGGGUAUCAUUCAAUAAUAGAAUACCCAUAUUGUCAUUUGAUGGGAAGGAUGUCAUGUAUGAUCCAAAGUGGCCCCAAAAGUACAUUUGGCAUGGUGCUGACUCCACGGGGCAGCGUAUGAUGGAUGCUUACUGUGAUGCUUGGGACACAUCUAAGACAGAAAUGACAGGCAUGGCCAGCUCUCUUAGAUCAAACCAUUUACUAGACCAGGAAAAAUAUGCCUGCAGCAACUCCUUUGUUGUGUUAUGCGUGGAAAUCACACACCGGAGGAAUGUGAGGAAGUAGGAGUUAGUAGCCAUUUUGGUGCGAGAUUCUUGGGACAGCACCACGUCGAAGCUGUCAUAGUUCUGGUGAAUAGUGUAUACAAUAAUUAACAAACUCAUCUGGAUACAAAAGCUCAAAGUGAACUUAACCAGUAUAUACAGGAAGGUGUUUGAUACACUGUUGAAAUGCAUUUAUUAAUAAUAUAUAAUUGUUAUAUCUUUGCCUUUACCAAAAUGUUUUUAUAUAGGUUUUGAUAAUUUCAUAUGAUAUAAGGCCUGUCUGACUUAAUGAGAGCAACUUUAUGGAAAAUAAUUAUCUUGCUUUAUGCAAAUUAGAAAAUGUGGUGGUUUGAAUAUUUAGUAUUCAGCAGAUGAGAUGUGGUGCAAAAUCUGGAUAUGGAACUUAGAAAACAUGUUAUUUAAUACUCAGUGAAAAGCAUGCUUCAGCAUCUUCCAAAGAUUGUUAUUACUCAUUUCUAUGACAACAUUAACAGUGACAGUAAAAUCAGCCAGAUUUUGGCUUGGUGACAAGUGAAACAAAGAUGAAAUUGUAUGAGGUUUGGGGGCAAGUGAAACAAAGAUGGAAUUGUAUGAUUAAGUCCAAAACACUGUAAUGCAGCUUUAAUUAUGUUGCCUUUGUAUUAGUUUAACUGAUAUUACAAUGAUAUUCAUAGGUGAUUAAAUUAAUCUGCUCUUUUUGCAUAUAAAACCCUAGCUUUCUUGCCUGUGUCACUAGUGUCAUUAUUACUGAAGAUGAAAGCAAUGAUUAAAUAUAUCUAAAUCCUGUAUAUUGUCUUCUAUAAAUGGCAGAGCAUUUUAAACAAUGCAAUUUAUUGUAUACCAAUAUUUAUAAUGUGCACAAGCUUUUUAGAGAUUUAUACUUCAUAGUAUAGGGUUAGCCUUUGUAAUGAUUUGAAUGUUUUACUUUGCUUUUUGCAUAUAGCAGCUGAACAUUAACUUGUAUAUUUGCAGUUUAUUUUGCCCAUGCUUAAAUUGUGUAAAUAUUUAUAUAUAAAUAUAUAUAUAUAUAUAUUAGAAAUGAUAGUUUUUAAGUCUACUUACAUUUGAAAGAUUAGCUUAUACUUAUAUGUAUAAUUGUACAGUGGUAUUAUUUAUUCUCUCUAGGCUAUUGACUUAUGAAGCAGUUCUGUUUCCCUUGGAAAUUGUAUCCCUGGCUAUUACAUAGAGAUUAAAGUCUUCCCAAUUUAUCUGGAUAUUUAGGGGUAGUAUUUUUGCCCUCUAGACCCCCCCCCCCUUCCCAUAUAGAGCUGUGUGCCUUUGGUGCUUCCAUUUUCCGAAUUUAUUAAGGUCCAGUUUCAACUUAUAUAUGAAUACAGUAUAGAUUCUCAUUCUUUGAACAAAACAGUUAUAAUAAGUGACAAUGUAUCUUCUACCUCUAAUUACUUCAGUUGCCUCUUGCUGUGUAAAUGUUUGGCAUUUUGUCAGUUAUUGCAUUGUAUGCUGCAACAAUUGUGCUGUGGAUAGCAGGGAUUUUUAAAGCUAAGAAAAUGACUUGGUGCUAGAUUUGAUUUCAUACCUCCUCAUUACAAACUGCUUGUUUUCCUCAAGUUAUGGCAUAUGUAGGUAUUCUCUUCAUGAUACUAGAAUGUUACAUUUUGGUUGAAUCUUGAAAUAAUCGAUGAAAAAAAAUCACAUUAUUAUUAAUGGGCCAUUGCACAAAAAGUGAACAUUAGAGUUGUGUCAGUGAAGCACACAUUUUGUUAAAUGAUUAAGUGAUUUUGACUUGACCAUAAAUUUCCCUGUUUUAUGGUGUAGUGCACUCCAAUAUUGCCAGAAAUCAACAGUAAUUAAAAAAAAAGAGAAAUCAGUUGUGCAAAUAUUACACAAAAUGUGUGCAGUACUGACAUGGCACUUUCUUGUGGAAUGAACUUAAUCAAAUGAUGUCUUGAGUUUUGGUUAAAAAAUUCAGCUACUCUUACAUUUUUUGAAGCAUUAAUGUAUGAAUGAUGUCUCAACUUGAGAGAUUUCCCACAAUAAUGUAUGUGUUCAUGUAAAUACUUUGCCUAAUGCAGUGCCUGACAGUUUUUUAAGUUGGGACUACUGGUCAGGUUACAUUGAAGUUAUAUUGAGGUUAUUGUGUUUAGCCAACUGUCUUUCUGCAGAGAAAACCUGCUGCAACACUGACCAUGUACAGGUAUUGUAUUCAUGUUGUAUUUGUUGCAAAACAUAAUCAAAUUAUGAUAGCAUUUCAUAUCUGCAUGUUAUGUAAUUUUUCUGCAAGCUUAGAGCAAGUGAAAUCCGUAGCUUUAUUUUGCAUUGAAUGUAGGAGCAUUAUAGAAUACAGAUACACUGAUCAAAUUAAUAUCUCUUUUCACUUGCUUCGACAAUCUAAAUUCAAACACCGAAGUCUUGAGCUUUGUCUGAAAGACGACAUUGAUACUUUGCAUCACAUUAUUCUCUUAGUUCAUUAUUAUUUUUCUUGGCAAACGCUUUUUAAUUCUAUGGAAAUGGUGUGCAUUAUAAAUAUAGAAGAGAUCGUUUACAGUUAUAGCACUGCUGCAGUCUUUAAAAUCAUGUAUAAUAAUUCAUGUCAGAUUUUGCCAAUAAAACUUUUUACAGUUUUUAA